AUGGGGUUCACUAGCGGAUUCACCGGCGGUGUGACGUUGACAUUAGGCCUUGCGUAUCUGACAGUUCUCGCACACGAACGCAACAGGAGGGCCCAGGCAUUCGAGUUACGGGCUCAAAGCCGUGUGCUCCAAGGUCUCCUCGAACCAGCGCCUCUCCCACCUCCACAGACUCGCGCAGAACUCGCGCGAGAAGAAAGAAGUACGAUUGUCGAGGCCGCAAAGGAUCGAUGGAAUGCAGAAAUCGAAAAUGCGAUACGAUGGGUGCAGAGGACAGACUGGAGUGAGGUGAGAGAGGGUAUGGAAGGAACUGUCUCUAGGAUACUCGGCAGCGGAUUACAAAAGUCACGAGAAGGCAUCGAGGAUGCAGAGAAGAAAGCCGGUCCUAAGAUCCAAGAAGCAGUCGACAGGAGCAAAGCUGCGGCCUCUCAAACCGCUAAUGUUGUUGGUGCUCAGGCAAAGGAGAAAGGGAAUCAAGUAGGGGUGAAAGCUGCCGAAGCACACGAUGCUGUGAGCGCAAAAGCUAGCAGAGUAGCAGCAGACAUAAAAUCCGGGGCACAAGAUGCUGCCAAGUACAGUGGCGGUACUGUUGAUGCUGCUCGUGGAGCUUUGAGGGACGCCGUUGGGAAAGGUAUUGAAAUGGGCAAGGAUGCUGUUGGCAAAGCACAAGCUGCUGUUGGCCUUGCUACGGAGAAGCUCGAAUCAAAAGGACAGGCUUCUGCGCUUAGCCAUUCUUCGGCGGUAGAAAAGGCAUUGCACGAACGAUACGAACAGCCAAAAGCUUUACCGAGUUUGGAAGAAGCUCUUGAAGAGAGGUAUAAGCCCAUCGAUGAGAGGGAUAACACGGUUCUCCGCGGUGUGUAA